AUGGUCCUAUCAAUGACAACCCGCGACUCGAACACAGUAGCGUAAGACAGAACGGCGCAAUGGGGGAGCCUUUCGUGUGUGGAAACUGCUGCGAGCCGUCAACAGACACAAACCCCCUACACCACGACACCUAUAUCUUUUGCCACGAUUGUUCCAGGACAGAGGUGGUCUCACUUUUCGAGGCUGCAUUGAAGAAUGAUGCCGAGUUCCCUGCCACUCUGACGGGUCAAGAGAUAUCUCUCGAGGCAAUCGUACCUUUCGCAAGCAAGGAGCUCGUACAGAAGUAUCGGUACAAGCAGGUGGAAAAGGAAAAGCUCGUUCGAAUCGCGAAAGUGAAGAGAAAGUAUUGUACGCGCAUCUUUCUUAUUCGAAAGGUCUAUGGAGUUGCUAAUGAUCUACAGGCAUGCAUAAGACGCCCAGCGAGUUCUCAUCCUAUGAGCCGGAUGUGCAGCAUCUCUCUGUGGAGGAGCAGAAGCAACCGGAGGCCAGUUUCGACUUCUGUAGCUACCUCUUCGACAACGACGAACAUGGUGAGUUACAUGACGGUGCCAGCGCAUCUUUACUCGAAUGCAAUCGCUGUCACGGGCAAGUUUGCAACCUAUGCGGGGAGCCUUGCUACGACAACGAGAAGACUUUUGACGAACAGCACUGGAAGUCUGGCAUCUGCAAGAGGGCCUGGCUUGGCGAGCAGCAUGGCAAGGGGGCGAUUGAAGGAUUGAAAGCUGGACGAGAUUAUCAGGAGUGUCCGAAUCCGAGUUGUAGGACGGAGAUAGAGUUGGAAUCGCAGUGUAACCAUAUGCGGUAGGUGAGAAAUAAGACAACGAGGUAUCGAGGGUAACUUCAGCGCCCCGAUAGCUGUGGACUCUGUAAGACAGAAUUCUGCUACCUAUGCGGUGCUGAGGCCGGGGAAGAUUCAGGACACUGGGACCCAGGAUCUGAAUGUCCGCGCUGGGGACCCGCCGACAGCGCCAACGCAACCUUUUCGGCAUUUGUGCCGCAGAUCUGGCCGGAGAUCAACGUCGAGGACGACGAAGCCAUUCGUCCCAUAUGGCUCCAUCAUCGAAGUAUCGCUUCCGGCUUCCUAGAUAUGAGUGAUGCGACACUGCAUCUAGCACGACUAUGUCAACUUCUGGCAGAAUGGCUCGAAUCAAAGGACGAGCCGGUGCCACUGUGGGUAUUCGCUGGGCAGCGAGACGUGCGUCGAGUGAGAUGGUUGUUCGAUGCUGACCCGGAGACCGGCUCAGUACUGGACGAUGGCGAUCUUGUUGACGUUGACGCGGACAAUGAAGAUCUGGAUUUCCUUCUGCUGGACGACCUUCUCGCGCGUGGCUAUCGCAGACAGGAAUUCUUGCAAUUUCUCACUAGCUACCCGGAUGCGGACUACCAAGAUAGGGUACCAAAUCCGAACUCCCUUGAUCAGGUACAUCGCGCUACUCGUCGAAAGGCAGUCGCCGUGAUGAAAGACGACCGACCAAUCGUCUACACAGUCAAACAGCACAAUGCUGAGGAUCUGCUGAAUCCCACAACGCACUUUGUGACCGUGGAAGAUGGGUCUAGUGUUUACGACGAGAUUAUAACGUCUUGGGAGCGCUUUCACGCCUGUGUUGCCGAGGCCAUUGGCAGGUUUGUCAAACCAUACUCCCGAAUUCCAAGAUGGGUGCGGGACAACAUGGAUCUGGAAGGUCGUAUCGUGGUUCGAGUUAGCGAUGAUGAACAACUACGAAGCGUCGUCAUCCAGCACCCCGAUGCCGACUCGAUCACAAACCUCAUCAACGUGUUUCAGGAGACGACGUGGCCAUUCCUGUUAUACCGUAAGCGUCACUGGACGGACGUGUUCUAUCAGAUAACAGCGCACAUCACCCGUCGACAGGGGCAACAGGCCAUAGAAAUGGACGACUGGGUAAGAGUACCUGGUUUGCAGGUUGCUUACGACAAGAUGCAGCCUUUCCACGAAUUCCUGAUUCCUGAACGAGGGUUCGUUACCGUGAUGUCCGGCUCUUACCCAGGAGACGAUAAGUCAUUUGCGAUGGAGAUAAGUCUUCAAAGCUUUUACCGGUAUCUGGAGCGAUGGACGCACAAGAAUGAGCAAUGGACAGACUUUGUUGGGGACAACGUCUGGCCAGACUUGGGCUUCAACAUUCCCGGUGAAGUUCGUUUGGAGUUCUACUUGCCCGCGGUCCGCGAGCCCGCCAGGGUAAGAAAGGUUGAUUUCGAUGCUAAUGUCAAGCCGGAGCACAAAGAUCGCAUUUAUCGGUUACUGGAUACGAUGUUCAACACCGGCACAAGACUUUCUGAAGCACUGUGUUUCAUUCAGGAAGGUGAGGAAGAAGAAGGGAUGUGGGUCGACAAAGUGCCUGACAACAAAAACGUGACUGUAUGCAGAGAAGCACAGGACUCUUGGACCCUCAGUUUGUCUUGGAAACGGUUCGCAGAACAUGUUAAUGGCUAUUGGGACCGAAAUAAGACGGCUGGUUGGCUGAGAGGAUAUCUUACCACCGAUCUCAGCCAUGUGGAGAUCGAUCUCACAUACAAGAUGAUGGGCAGUCGUGUUACAGAGACCGAAUGCAAGAGGCCGUGGGAUCGCAUGUUUGGAUACAACCUCUUUGCAAACGAAGAGAUUCAGCACUGUGUGGAAGACGAGCAAACCUUCACUGCGCACUGGAUGGAGUACAUUCUGUCGAGAGAACACAAUCUGCCCCCAGACAGCUACGACGGAACAUACAUCGAUGCUCGCAGACGCACGGAGCAGAUACUUGACGAAGAACCGGACAAUAAUGCGAUUCUACGGCCGCCUCCCUCCAACUUAAAUGAGCCGCCUGGGAUCUAUGGCAUGCUUCUGAUCUCUUGGGCAGAUCUCUUUGCCUUCCUCGUGCAAGGGGUUCCUUACGGCGUCAAUGGUUGUGUGCAGUGGGAGCAAAUAGCAUCAGCGAUGAACAACAGUCUUGGGCUCAAUGGGAGAGUCAUAAUACGCUACACGACUCCUGCUCCACCCGUCGAAGGAGAACCCUUCCAGGACUUCGCCUGGGUUGCCUUACAACAUAACCACAGGGGAGCUUUGCAGGAACUAAAAAUUAACUUCGAAGAACUGGUCAUGUGCAGGAUACUCCAAGAUCACCAAGUCCGUCGACAGUUUAUGAACUGGCUUCUCGUCAGACCGCGGCUUCAGCAAAGCACACCCUCGGCCACAUUUGAGAUAGAUUGCAUGCAUCGCACCAUGGUCAAAAUCGCGCCAGCCGCAGACAAUCUGGACGAAGAUAUGGAGAACGCUUGA